AUGGCUGAGGUGGACGCGGCGCCCACCUUUGGCGCCGAGCUCAAGGAUGGCUUCAAGCCCGCCAACGCCUGGGUCGCCCACGGCAUCUCGUGGCUCGACGACAUCCAGCAGUUCUACCGCGAGCGCUCCGCCAUAGAGAAGGAGUACAGCGCCAAGCUCAGCGCGCUCGCCAAGAAGUACUUUGAGAAGAAGAACAAGCGCAGCUCGCCCCUGAGCGUCGGCGACACGCCCGCCAUGACGCCCGGCUCUCUCGAGAGUGCCUCCCUCACGACCUGGGCCACCCAGCUCACUACCCUCGAGUCCCGCGCUGCCGAGCACGAUCGCUAUGGGAACAAUCUCAUCUCUCAGGUCGCCGAACCCCUCAAGUACUACGGAACUCGAUUCGAAGACCUCCGCAAGCGCCACGCCGAAUAUGCCGACAAGCUCGCCGCCGAGCGCGACUCGUCCUACGCCGACCUGCGCAAGGUCAAGGCCAAGUACGACGCCACUUGCCAGGAAGUCGAGGCCAAGCGAAAAAAGUCGGAAUCGCACUACGACAAGGCCAAGGCCCAGAGCGCCUACCAGCAGCAGCUGUUCGAGAUGAAUAACGCCAAGAACUCGUACCUUAUCGCCAUCAACGUCACCAACCGCCAGAAGGAAAAGUACUACCAUGACUACGUCCCCGAGGUCAUGGACAGUCUCCAAGACCUGAACGAGUUCCGCGUCAUGAAGCUCAACGGCCUGUGGAUAGUCGCUGCCAGGCUCGAGGACGAUAUGCUGCAGCAGAGCCACGCCGUGAUGGAGCAGCUCGGCCACGAGGUCCGCCGCAACGAACCGCAUCUCGACUCCAUGAUGUACAUGCGCCACAACAUGGGCACCUUCCAGGAACCCCCGGAUAAGGAGUUCGAGGCGAGCCCGGUCUGGCACGAUGACGCCGCCAUGGUUGUGGACGAGACGGCAAAGAUCUACCUGCGCAACGUCCUCGGCAAGUCCAAGUCCCAGCUGAGCGAGCUGCGCCGCGAGGUGGACAAGAAGCGGAGGGAGGUGGACAAUGUCAAGAGGCUAAAGCAGCGCGUCCGAGACGGGCAAGAGAAGAAAGACGAGGUCGAGGUCGUGCGUACUCUCUUUGCCAUGCAAGAAGACCUGCACAGCGUGGACCGUCGCCGGUUGACGGCCGAGGUCGAGACGUCCACCAUCACGUCAGUAGUCGGCGAUGUCACGCUCGGCGCCAAGAACCACAACUUCAAGAGCCAGACGUUCAAGAUCCCCACCAACUGCGAUCUCUGCGGCGAGCGCAUCUGGGGCCUCAGCGCAAAGGGGUUCGACUGUCGAGACUGUGGAUACACUUGCCACAGCAAGUGCGAGAUGAAGGUGCCCGCCGAUUGCCCCGGCGAGCAGACGAAGGAGGAGCGCAAGAAGCUCAAGGCCGAGCGCCAAGAGAACACCAACAAGCUCCUCUCACCGACCGGAGGGCCGCCGCCUCACGUCGCCGAGCUGCCGGGCCUGACGAGGUCCAACACGAUGAAUUCGCUGAGCUCGCACUCGGCGCGGCGGUCCGUCUCAGGGUCCCUCUCAGGGCAAAGAACACCUGCGGAGGAAGCGGGUGCGGCCGCCCCCGAGCCCGCAGCACCGCGGCCAAGCGUCUCCUCAUCUACGACAGGGACAACAGCCGUGCGGAAGAAUAGGGUGAUUGCGCCGCCCCCAGCAGCUUACAUCAGUGAGCUGCCGGGAAGCAAUGUACCUAAUGGUGGCAGCAAGGACGAGAAGAAGGGCAAGAUGCUGUACACUUUUGAGGCGAGCGGUGAUGGCGAGUUGACAAUUCAAGAGGGCAGGGACGUGGUUCUUAUGGAGCCAGAUGACGGCUCCGGCUGGGUCAAGGUCCGCGCCGGCUACAAGGAGGGCCUCGUUCCCGCCACGUACGUCGACUUCACCUCUACACCUGCCCCUGCGGCAUCGGGCCCACGGCCUUCGUCCACGUACUCCAACUCGACGACGUCUUCAACAGCGCAGUCUGGCUCCGCGGGCGCAGGGGCGGGCGCAGGUGCCAAGAAGAAGGGCCCGGCCGUGGCGCCCAAACGCGGGGCCAAGAAGCUGCGGUACGUGGAGGCGCUGUACGAGUACGCGGCGCAGAGCGAGGCGGAGCACUCCAUGGUCGAGGGCGAGCGCUUCGUGCUGGUCAAGGACGACCCGGGCGACGGGUGGGUCGAGGUCGAGAAGGCGGGCGUCACGGCCAGCGUGCCCGCGAGCUACGUCCAGGUCGUGUAG